CGGCAUACAGAUUCAUUGCCGGAUUCACUAGUGCAACAAUUACCAGGGGAGCCAGCCAUCCCCUGGAACAACUGCUCUGCAAUCAGUCAAUAUAAUGUGGCCUGCCAUCUGCGUUUCGCAGACGGUCGCUGCGACUCUGAGUGCUUGGCUGAGGAGUGUCUAUUUGACGGUUGGGACUGUGAAGCAGAAACAGAGACAAAAAUUCCAUAUGUUGGAGAGAAGCCUUGUCCUCUCGAGUCUGACUGCUCUAUCCGUUAUGCAGAUGGCUAUUGCGACAGCGAAUGCAACAAUCUUGCCUGCCAUUAUGACGGCGGUGACUGCUGGUCAUCUGUAUCAUCUGAGCAAUUAUUCUCUCCUUUAUUGGAGUCUAAGCCUUUGCUCCAGGCCACAACGAUGGUUUCCAUUGCAGCUCAGGCUCCUGUGUUGUCGGCAAACGACGACCAUACUCAGACUCCGAUUGAAUGGCCAACUGUUCGAAAGGAGCCAAUUCCACAGCCUGAGAUCAUCGUUUCAAAAGAGAUAACCCUUCAUAAACAACAAACACCACAGAAACAACCCAGCCAGCAUCAGAUAUUGAACGAUCGUUCAUCAUCUCAAAUGAACUUCAGUCUUUCAAAGGCUCUGGUGCCAGGCAGCCUAGUUUUGCUGCUGGCCCGUCCACCUAAUGAAAUUAUUUGCCUCUUGGCCUUGUCAACAGAAUUGGCCAUUAGAGAGGCGAAGGACAGUAAUUACAGCGUGAUAGACAAAAAGACAAGAGUAGGGCAAGAUGAAGAGAUAGAAGGAUCUGAUUCAGCCAGAGUGCAAAUGACUCCGAUAUCU